GGGGAACCCUCAAAACGAACACCCACUUGACCCUAUCUGCCGUGAUUUUCUUCAUAUAGUUGUCUCCAUUGAAGGUACCUGUUUCUUCCUCCUUCGAGCUUCGAUCUGUCUUGGGUUUUGCCGCUCUGUCUUUUCUCCAAAAUUUUCGGCUUCAUUUGAUCUUUAGAUUAUUGAAUUGUGCUUGUGUUUGUCAUUUCUUUUUUUAGAAAGAUUUUGUAAUUUAUUGGCCGGCUGGAGAAUCAGUCGGUUUGUGAGAGCUGAAAUGAAAUAAGACUUUUACUUCUCUCUUCUUGGUUUUAACUUGAUGUUUUUUCUAUUUUCCAUUAAUUUAGACGACUGGGUAGAAACUUAAAAAAAAAGAGUAGAAACUUACCUAUUUUCAAGCUUGUAGUUAUGAAGGUGGUAGAAUUCAGCUGGUUGACUUUUUUAAGGAUCUGGAAAUGAAAUGAGCUGAAAGAAUCAGCCGGUUUGUGGGAGCUGAAAUGAAAUGAGACUUAUACUUCUCUCUGACUUCCAUCUUCUUGGUUUUAACUUGAUAUUGUUUCUAUUUUUUUCAUUAAUUUAGACGACUUAGUAGAAACUUACUUCCAAAAAAAAGUAGAAACUUACCUAUUUUCAGGCAUGUAGUUGUGAAGGUGGUUGACUGUUUUAAGGAUCUGGGAGCUUUUUUAUUGGUUGCACUGGUUCAUGGGCUUUGUUGAUUGGGCUCGUGAUUGGUUCACUAAUGGGUCGAUAGGUUUGAUGAACCUUUCAUGUUUCUGUGUCUGAACAAGUCGUUGGUUGUAGUUUGAUUUCUCUUCAUCUGAAUUUAUAUCUUGUUUCUUCGGAAGUAUGGUUAAAUUGGUGAUGCUACUUUAGGAAAUGAGUUUCGGGAGUUGAAUUUCGGGAGUUGACAUGUAGAUAUGAGAUGCUAGUCUAGCAUUGUUCUGUUAUGCGAUUCAUGUUUGAUGAGGGCAAUAUCUCGGUCCAUAAGCUAGUCUGUAGAAUGAGUUGAGAAAGAAAUUGUCUUCUGUGAGAUCAAAUUCAUUGAUAUGCAGAGCUUAGCUCCACAAAUAGGAAAAUUGGAAAAGAAUCAAAGAGGAAAUGCAUCCAACAUAUCAUAUUCUGUAACUCUCUAUCCGAGUUACGAAUUCUCUUUAGUAAGAGAAUUAUAGUUGUGGAUUCCUGUUGCACAUUGUCCAUGGUGGAGUUGGCGGAGAAAACGAGUAAAUUAGUGGUAACAUGGUUUCUGCUAGGAGGUCUGAAGUAUGAUUUUGGAGCCACAACCAAUGUCCUCUCAUAUUAUUAGUUAAGUUUUUAUGCCCCAUCCAGAGCCCAUGGUUGCCCAUCCUAUGCGCACUCAUCAAGCUAUAUGGCUAAUUGAUUCAAAGUUUCGUCCCCCAUUAGUUUCUAAUGUAAUGUUAGCUUGUUGGUUUUACGCCUGUGUGUGCUGCAAACUGUUUCUUACCUGCCAAUGGAUUACAAUAGUCAUCAGUUUGACAAAUCACCAACUAGAAUCACCACUUCCCUCCUUCCUACCCAAACUCUUUCUUUGGGCAGUUCUUUUGUUUUUUGAGUUCUAUGGUCUUUCUCGAUGUUUGAACUUUGUAGGAUGAUGAUUGUAAAAUUUUUUCUGGUUAGGGGAUUUGCAAACAUUACUUCGCAGGCAUUUUUUGGUUUGCCCUGCAUUGAAAGAAGAUCUGUUUUCUCUUUAGCCAAUGAGCAUUGAUGUUAGCUCUUCUUAUGCAUAAACUUACAAGAGUGUGGAGUUGUGGUCAAGGCGGGUCUUUUGUUUUUUUGAGUUCUAUGGUCUUUCUGGAUGUUUGAACUUUGUAGGAUGAUGAUUGUAAAAUUUUGUCUGGUUAGGGGAUUUGCAAACAUUGCUUCGCAUGCAUUUUUUUGGUUUUCCCUGCAUUGAAAGAAGAUAUGUCUUCUCUUUAGCCAAUGAGCAUUGAUGUUAGCUCUUCUUAUGCAUAAACUUACAAGAUUGUGGAGUUUUGGUCAAGGAAGAUACGCUUUGAUCGUGUCAGUGACUUGUAACUCUGAUGGAGAUAUCUCUGUUGAAGGCGCUUCUCAAUAAUAUCUCCUCCUUUUCUCAUCUAUCAUCCUUUGAGAAUGUGAUAUCCGGUCUAGCCCAAAAGUAUUUUCAGAAGACAAGAGAUAUUGAAGCUUCUAAAGCAUAUACUUGAUUCCGUUGUUGAUUGUGAAAUAGAUUCCAAUGAGAUGCUCAAUAAAGCUUUUGCAGAGCUGGGUCCAUCUAUCAAUGAACUCAGGGAGCUCUUCGUAAACUGACAGCCAUUAUCAAGCAAAGUCUUUUUGGUGAUAACAUCCGCAUGGUCACUGCUGAUAGCAUGCUCAUGGUUCUUCAAACUGAACCAUUGUUGUCAAAGAUCCGAAGUUUGGGCCUGGAUAUUUUUCAGUUCUUGAAAUCUGCCAAUGAUCAUCUUCUUGAAGAAUUGAGUUUGUCGUAUAUUGAGGUACCUUUCUCUUGCAUACUUCAUGAUUUUUUUUUACUAGAGUUCUUUAAGGAUCAAGAGGAAGGUGUUGUUACAACUGACUCUGAAAUCUUGGUCAAAAUUGCUGAGAGUCUCAGCUUGAGAACUAAUCAGGAGAUUCUUUUAGAAGCUGUGGCACUUGAAAAGUUGAAAGAGAUUGCUGACCAAGCAGAAAAAGGCAUAGUUGCAAAUGGCCAGGGUAUAGAUAUUGCUCGUAUAUCAUUGACGGGUUCUGAAGAAAGUGCUGCUCACUCUGAGGAAAGGCUUAUUGAUUCUAUUGCAUCACCAUCAAGAAUGGAGGAAGUUUCUGAAUCUGUUGUUGCAGCUGAUGAGUUCCCCCUUUCUAUGAGGAGCCAUGGUAGAAGUGCAUCUGCUGCAAAUGCUUCUUCUCCUAGAAGAUCAUAUGGAGACGAUGCUAGAGAGAUCCCUGUUUUGGUGGAAGUUGUUGAGUUGGAUUCUGCCAGAGGGAAAGAGAAUGCAACUGCUGCUCUUUUGCAGCUUUGCACUAACAGUAACAGGUUCUGCAACAUGGUGCUUCAAGAAGGUGUUGUGCCGCCAUUAGUGGCGUUGUCACAGUCUGGCACUCCCAGGGCUAUAGAGAAGGCGUAGUCACUUCUUAGCCAUUUCAGGAACCAACAACAUGGAAACCCGGGUAGGAACUGAUAUGUUCAAGUAUAGUGAGUCAAAAGGGGCCAUUGCCCAUUUAUGAGGUUUUGAUUCGGGAUAAAAGCCAUGUACAUAGGGUGUGUACAUUUAUUAUCAUGAAGGUGCAAAUAAUGCAGAUGAUCAUCUCGCUGAUUUAGAUAAGUUUUGAUUUUAGAUAGAUAGUAAACAAAAUCGAUUUAUUGGAUGACUUGAUUAUGUCGUUUUUAAGUGGA